CCAAUAUGGAUGUUAGUGAGCGACGUGUAAUGAUGCUGAGGUUCACAGUGUUUGUAUUUUUACUUAUUCGUGUAAAUGGACAAAAUGUAGAUGGAAGAGCUGCAAAUAUACACCCUGGUAAUAAAAUAGUCAAUGAAAUAGCAGGCGACAUUCAUAGAACAGGAGCGAUUGACGAGAAACAUGCUAGCUCUCUCCGUAGACAGACUCAUCAACCAAUUCCACCAGUGGAUAAAAGUAAAUUGAGUGCCGCUAAGCCCGAAGGUGUAAAACCUCCAGCUAUUAGGCUUUCUGAGACUAAGGAGUGUGCAAACGAUAUUAUAAAACACUGUAAUCCGAAAAUAUAUAAGAAUAAUUUCGCCAUUCUGGAUUGCUUACAAAAUGACUUGAAGAUUAUGGAUGAUCUAUCAUCAGAUUGUCAGCAUUAUAUUUGGGUAUACAAACGCAAUUUAACAAAGGAUGACAGAUUUGAUUACGCAGCUCAAGAAGUUUGUAAAAGCGAGUUAAGUCAGAUCCGUGAAUGCUCUCAGCUGGAGAAAGGGAAGGGUUUGAUCAUUCCAUGCCUUGUCGAUAACAUUGAAAACGUAACAGGCAACUGCCACACUUAUCUGGAGAAAAUGGCCAGGAUUGUUUUCAGUGACUAUAGACUGAUUUAUCAUUUUGUUGACCAAUGUUCAGUAGACAUUGAACAGCUUAAAUGUGGAAGAAUUGGCCCAGCAGAUGAAAACGAUGUGCAUACCCAGGGGAAAACUUUAGAAUGCCUGGCCAACAAAAUUGGUGAUUUGCAUGAUGGAUGCAGGAAGCAGUUGCUACGAGUGGCUGAACUACAGGCGGACGACUACCAUUUAGAUCGUCAGCUGUACUACGCCUGUCGUGAGGACAGGGAGCGACUCUGCGCUGAUGUCCCGGCCGGCGGAGGGAAGAUUUACGAAUGUUUAUUCAAACACAAAUUUGACAAGAUGAUGUCCACACAGUGCAAAGAAAUGGUUACCAUCAGACAGAGGUUAAUAGCUGAAGACGUUAAAGUGGAGAAGACAUUUUACAGUGCCUGUCAUAAAGAUAUCAAAGAACAUGGCUGCAAUAAAAAGGACAAAGUGGCAGAAGGAGAUUUCCGAAGAGCCAACAUUUUACUAUGUUUAGAAAAUGCCAUCAAAACAGAACAAGUAAUCAGUAACGAAUGCCAAAUAGAAAUGGCAGAACUACGGCAAGAUUUGAUGGAGGACUAUUCGAUCAGCCCAGAGAUUUUGAACGACUGUCACGCAGAGAUACUGGAAUCUUGUGAAAAUGGUCUCCAAAGAGGCGGCAAAACUAUUCAUUGUCUGAUGAACCUCGCUCGCCCGGCAAGGGACCAAAGGAAACACGCGGCACAAUCGGAGAUGUCACCCAAGUGUAGGAGAGCUUUGGAGGCGUUGAUUCAAGAGGCUGACCCAGGCAGUGAUUACAGAAUGGACAAGGUCCUACACAUGGCCUGUGAACCCGUCGUACAGUCAGGGUGUAAACACGUACAGCCGGGAGAUGCCAGAGUGAUCAGCUGUCUGAUGGACCACCUGGACUCGGAGAUCAUGACUGAUGAGUGUGAGGAGAGACUGAUGGAGAUUCAGUACUUUGUAGCAAGGGACUUCAGAUUAGACCAACAUUUGUUCAGUAAAUGUCGACGCAAUGCCAAGGAGCUCUGUGGAGUCUCGGGUAACUGGAUUCAGGAUCGAUUCAAAGACGAUAAGAAAAAGGAAUAUACCGUCGCAUGCUUGUACAGGAAUAUCAGACAAGAAAAGGCUGGGAGAAAGGAUCAGGCUAAUGAACAGAAAGGGGUGUCUAAACAAUGCAAAACCGAGAUCAUGCGAGUCAUGAGACAGAGAGCUCACAGUGUGGAUUUGAGGCCCGAGGUGGAGCGAGUCUGUCUCAAGGACCUGGGGAUGUACUGUUCAGACAUGGAUAACCCAGGCCCAAACCAGGAGAUCCAGUGUUUACAAGAGCAUUUAGACAGCUUGGAGGUUGAGUGCCAGGAAGUGAUCGGGAACUUCACGGAGGAUGAGGAUGAGAUGCCAGAACUAGAUGUCAUCCUGAUGAAGGCCUGCACCCCCAUGAUCAACAAAUUCUGUGACACGGAUGACGGACUGGAGGGAGAUGACACAGACAACAUCAUGGACUGCCUGAUCAGGAACAAGAAUAAACCCAGAAUGGACGAGAAAUGUAGAGCUGGCAUUGAACACCACCAGCUGAUCUCCAUGAAGAAUUUCCGAUUUGAUCACAAGUUCAAGGAAGCUUGCAAGCGAUCUGUUUCGAAGUUCUGUAAAAACAAAAAAUCCAAAAUUGACGUGAUUUCAUGUCUCAGUGAACAUGUCCGAAAUGAUACUUUGUUAGAAGAAAAACAUCGAAUUGAUAAAGUAUGCCGAAAGCAACUUCGAGCAGAAGUCUUGGAAAGGGGUGAGGAUAUUCGAUUGGACGAAAAACUGGUUCAGGCCUGCCACAAUGAUAUGGAGGACAGGUGUAAAGAUGUGGAGAAAGGAAAUGCAAAGAUGUUGGAAUGUUUAAAGAGAAAUCAGAAGGUUUUAUCAAAGCCCUGUCACAAGCUCCUGUUUAAAAGAGAGCAAGAAGAAGCAGUGAUUGGUGACUACAAAGUCCAUUCAGUUUGUAAAGCAAUGAUCAAAACAUACUGUGACGAUGAUGAUAUGAAGGAGGAUGAGAUUCUGCCCUGUCUGAGAAAGCAUAAAGAUAAGCAGGAAUUUGACCAUAAAUGCCGCGAACUCAUUGUUAAAAGAGAAAUAGCCGAAAACAAAGACUACAGGUUAAACCCAGAACUCCAGAAGAAGUGCCGAAUGGACAUACCUAAAUUCUGUAAAAAUGUCCUGCACACCCAGAAAAAUGAUGAUGAGCUUCAGGGCAAAGUUGUCACAUGUCUGAGGAAGCGAUUCAUAGAAAAGAAACUGUCCCGGGAUUGUAAUGAUGUGAUCCGCAAUGUCAUCAAAGACUCGGCCCAUAAUUACAUGGAAGAUCCCGUAUUGGCUUCAACUUGUGAAAAAGAGAUCAUCAAAUACUGUGGAGAUGAACAUGAGAUGGCAAUGAAACAGAACUCCAUGGGAUUAAACAAGGUGGAAAUGGUGCAGAGCAGCGAUGGCAGUGGUAAAGUGGUGGAGUGUCUGAAGCAGAACUUCCUCAAGCGCAUCAUCACAAACGAUGCUUGCAAACAGGAAAUCCAGCGUGUGAUACAGGAGGCCCAGAUUGAUAUCAACAUUGACCCCCUGCUUCACAUGGCGUGUCAGCGCGACCUCCAAAAGUUCUGUGGUGACCUUGAACCAGGGGAGGGAAGGAGAAUGGCUUGCUUAUUAGCAGAGCUUGAAGAUCAUCCCAAACAAGUUUCCCAGGAGUGCAGAAAAUUACUGGACAAGAGGAAACAGUUAUGGGAGUUGGCAGCACAGGGCAAACCAGUAGAAGGCUUCCAUGAUGUGUACCAGCAGAUAGUGGCCUCCCCCUCCAAGAACUACUUGCUCUUCGUCAUCUGCAGCAUCAUCGGGGUUUUCUUCCUGGUCGGCAUUACCUGUGGGAGGGUAAGCAAGCGAGUGGCCAAACAAAACAAGAUGAAGUAGAGAGCCCCAAGUCAGCACAUUCCAGUCCAAAGACCACACAGCAGCAUCUGUUCAGAUGAGGAGGAGGGGUGUCCUUGCUUGUGUUUUAUUUUUUCUUUCCUUCUCUCCUUUUUUUUUUUUUAAGGCUCUUGUUUUACUAUAUUUCCUUGAUACAGGGAUCUUAGGUUGUUGCUCGAAGCUUGUCUAUAAGGCAAUAUUCGGGAGAAAUUCAGUUAAAAGUGCUGUUUGCAUUUUGUCAUAUAAAAUACAUGUUUCUCUUUAGUUAAGUUAUUACCAAUGCUCAUUUAAAGCCAUCUUUGAACAAAGGGAGAAAUGUUUGAGAAAAAAUGAUUUAAAUUACUUGAUUUUUUUUAAUUGAGGACAUGUACAUUGUACUAUCAUAUUCUAAUCUGUACAAGUAAAGGGAGUGUGUAAUUUGCAAAGUGGCUCAUCACUGUGAUUUUCAUGUAUGUACAUGUAUCAUUAUUAUUGAUUACAGACAGACAAAUACUUGUAUGUUAUAUGAUAAACAUGUACAGGUCUAUCUGUUUUACAAUUCUCCGAGAUUACAUACCGUACCUACAGAUUCAUAAUAAUGUUUAUACAGUAAAACAAACUACCAACAGAUAAUUUGAUAACAGUUAUGAUAUCUAAAUAAUAUGCUGGGAGAAACAUUUCCUUUACCAGAAAAAACCCCAUCUUUAUGCAUUGGUUUUAUCCAAUUUUGCUUGAAAUUGAAUAUAUGAAUGAUCACCAAUAAUAAACUUUUGCCAAGAUGAUCAUUAACUUUGCAUAUAAAGCACGGGUUAAAGAAGAAAUGAAUAAAUUAAAGGUAUUUACCUCUAUUUGUUUUCCUGUAUUUACAUUGAUAUAUAUAUAUAUAUAAAUGUGUAUGUGUGAUCAAGUAUAUUUUGUACCUGAUUUGUUGAGAUGGAGUGAAUGUGAAAAAUGUUUAUUUUUGUUAAUGAGAGGUCCCAUUUGUGCAAAUACAUAUAAGUGUACAAACAAGUGGCAUUGAUAAAUGUUACAGUAUGUGUUGUUGGAUAUUAAAUGUGUUUUCAAUGAUUUUUUACUGACAUGAAUGAAACGUGAGACUUCAAUAUUGAUGUACAGCUUAUAUUUCUGAGGUUGGGAAUUCAUUAACUGUUAAGUUCCAUUCUUAGUUGAAUAUAUUUAUAUAUGCAUGUGUGUACUUCCAUUGGAUUUGGGAAAGAUAAAUGCUUCAUAACCUGGGUGUUGCAGAUACAUGUUUAUAAUACCAGUACAUUCUUAUUUACGUGUAAUUGUGGUUUACGUAUGUCUUUAAAGGCUCUCCAAAGCUAAUUGUAUGUUUAAUGUCACAUAGGCAGGUAGGUUUAUGAGGAAUUUUUGUUUUAAAGGAAAGAAAAAUUAACUCAAAUAUCGUCAAUAUCCUUUCCAUUUUUUGUUUUAAAUACUGCAGUCUUUAGAAAUACAGGGCACAUUAUGGAUUAUAUAUGUAAUACUCAUUUUUAUAUGACAGGACAGAUUAUUGAACAGCUGAUCUACAGGAAACUAGAAUACUAACAGAAUAUAUUUAUUCAUCAUGUGAAUUAACACAUGUAUGUUGGUAAUAUUUUUUGUUUAUAUUUUAUUGCUCUCCCUCGUAGAUUUUUUUACUUUGAAGGUGUUGAUAAACAUAGAAUUAACUUUGUACAGCCUAACUAGCACAGCACAGUCAAAAUAUCUUUACUGGUUCUGUGAAUUUGCAAAUUGAAAUUAAUACUCAAGGUGCUUAUUUGAUGCAUGUUUCAAUAGUUAUUUAAUAACAGUGUUUGCAAGAAUGCAUAACUGGUAGCAGCUAUCAAUUACUCUCCACAAAAAGAUGGCAGAUAAUGUAUAAGAAAUGGUGAGAUGGUAGAAUGGGGAGGGUGUCAUGCAUUGGGUAUUACACAUGUUUUAUAGGUAAAUACAGCUAACUUUUAAAUAGGCAUGUAAGCCUUGUCUGCCUGAGUUAUUGCCAUCUUUCUGUUUUGUUGAUUCCAUCCUGCAUCAGUAAGUAAAUGAACAAAACAUUGUCAUAGACAAUUAUAUGAAAAUCAAUACAAUUUCAUACGACUAAGACCCUUUAUUUUAUGUCAUUUAUAAAUGUACAUGUACAUAUAUUAAUUAAGAGAAUGAUGCAUGCACAUAUUAUUUAUUUUUUUUUCUCCCGUACUGUUGCUAGAAUUCAUAUGUGAUUGUUUAGCUUUUAUGAACUUGUAGCUUUAAACAAAUUGUCUCUUUAAUAUUAAAAUCUUGCACAUCUUUUAUUUUUCUACUGAAAGAUAUGUAUCAUGUGUUAAAAGAGAAAAAAGUAGACAUUGUGCAUAUCAACUAGUGUAAGAUUAAAAAAAAUAAUAAUAAAUUUGAGAAGUGGUAUUGAAACAUUUUGUUGCUAUUUGAAAAAAAUACAUGUGUAACUUGAUGUACAUGACUUAUUUUUUAUGGACAAUCUGGCUCAUGUAAAAAUAGAAAAGAAUGUUAGGAAGAUGUUACUUUAAGCUGAAUGCUGUGGAUUUAAGUUAAAAUAAAUGAAUAUUUGAGUUCAAACAGGUAUCAAAAUGUGCAUCUUGUGCUUUUAAACAUUAUACAUGAAAUGAAUAGAUGAUCACAACAAACCAUCUUCUUGAAAAAAACAAACCAUUUGACAUUAAUUAGUUUUAUACAUUCAUAUAUUAAAGGCUUGUGGUUUUAUGGUGUUUGUGAUUCAUUUUGUUUAUUUGCGUAUUUAACUUACUUAGUCUGUUGACAUGUGAAAUGUUUAAAAUUUUCUGUUUCUACAUGUAUAUAUUUAUUUUUAUGAAGACAGAUUUUAAAUCAUUUUUCCUUCCAGAAAACUGGUUGAGGUUUCAGCAUUUACAAUAUUGUAUCUUUAAUUAAAUCACAAACUGAUGAUUCAGCUCAAAUAAGAAACCAAUGAUGAAGAAAUGUUUUUUUGUUCAUGAAUGUAAAUCAGCUAGUAAAUGUACUUGAAGUGUCAGGUACUAAUGUAGCUAUAAAAUCAUGCAUUGUUCCAUGAAUGAUACUAAAUAUAUGUAUAUGAAAUAAAAGUUAUAAUAGAUUGA